AUGGUCAAGUCAACGAUUAUCGUCAGGGCGUCAGAUGCUCUUCCUCUGGCAGCUAGCGUAGACGACGAGCAGACAGAGCAAGCUCUCCAAGAACACAAACAACAAUCCAAGCUUAUAUUUCGUCGAAUAACCCCAAACUCGGAACCUCGUUGCUCGAUAGAGAGUGGACAGUAUACAUUACAUUACCUCAUAGCAAACAACGUCGUGUUCCUCACUAUUGCAGACAAGUCCUAUCCCCGGAAACUCGCUUUCUCAUUUCUAGAUGAACUUUCAAAAGAGUUUGCUACAAGCUAUGGCGCGAAAGUGGAGAGUGUGAGGAAACCGUAUGCGUUUGUCGGAUUCGACACUUUUAUGUCAAAAACAGCGCGUCUUUACCGAGAUACAAGAACCGCUAGCGCCAGCUCUGGCCUUGACCAACUUAAUGACGACCUUCAGGACGUGACGAGAAUUAUGACAAAAAAUAUGGAAGAACUUUUGUGGCGAGGGGACUCACUAGACCGGAUGUCGCAUCUAUCGACAUCUCUCCGUUCAGAGUCUGAAAAAUACCGCAAAGCCGCCAGGAAUAUCAACCUCAACGCUAUGAUCCGUCAAUAUGCACCUCUCGGUGCUGUUGUUCUUAUACUUCUCAUUAUACUAUACUGGAGGUUCUGGUGA